AUGGCGGAUCCAGAGUGGGUGGAUGUUCCCAUAGACGGGAUGUUAUCUAAAUCCUACGCCGCUGAACGAGCGGAAUGUAUCGACUUAGAUAAGGCGGCUUUUGAUGUUCCAGCAGGUGGUCCAGAGGCGCACGAAGAUACAACCUGUUUUUGCACCGCGGACCGAGCCGGAAAUCUCGUUUGUAUCCUGCAGAGUAUCCAAUCGGGGUUCGGUUCCAGUCUUAUCGCAGGCGACACGGGUAUCCUCUUGAACAAUCGCAUGACCUAUUGGCAUUUGGAAGACGGACACCCCAACUGCCUGAUGCCCGGCAAACGUGUCCGCCACACCAUGAACCCUGUCAUUGUUACAAAGGACGGUCAACCGUUCUUAGCAUGUGGCACCCCUGGAGCAGAUACACAGGUCCAAACGAAUCUACAACUCGUUACCCAUAUGCUUGAUUUCGGAAUGACACCACAGGAGGCGGUCUCUGCACCGCGCUGGCGGAGUUUACAGAACCCGAUGGAAUCCACUAUUCCGCACGUCUGCUCCAAUGACCUCCAGUUAGAAAAUCGGUUCCCCUCGGAUACCAAGGAUGGAUUAGGAGAAAGGGGACAUGAACUCCAAAUUGUUGGUGAUUGGGGUGGUCCAGGGAGUGCUCAGGCUAUCAUGGUGCAUCCUGAAUCGGGCGCACUCAUCGGAGGUUCCGAUCCAAGAACAGACGGGUACGCUGUCACUUUUUAG